ACCGUACCGGUGACGUCAUCCAGAAGAGACCCAGCGGUUUCAAAGAUGGCAGCGGUUCGCUGUCGAAGAGACCCUUGUGGAUUUGUAUGUCUGAUUUUAACGUAUUUCAGCGUUUUCUAUGCCGACUACGUGGUAAUUCAAUACGUCCUAAUCCCAGCAUAUUCCGGGAGUGCUUGGUGCUCGAUGCACGGUGCCUUCUUCAACAUCCUCCUUAUCCUGCUCCUGGCCUGUCACUCAAAGGCUGUCUUCUCAGACCCAGGUAUGGUGCCACUCCCAGAGACAGCCAUCGACUUCUCCGACCUCCGGUCUCAGUCCUCUCGCAGAAAUGAUCGGGGCUGUGAGGGCUGGACAGUGUGCAGCCGGUGUGAGACGUAUCGACCCCCCCGUGCUCAUCACUGCAGAGUCUGCCAGAGAUGCAUCCGACGCAUGGAUCACCACUGCCCCUGGAUAAAUAAUUGUGUGGGGGAGCUAAACCAGAAAUACUUUAUCCAGUUCCUCUUUUAUACUGGACUAGCCAGUCUGUACUCUAUAGCGCUGGUGGUGUCUGCCUGGGUCUGGAGGAUUCGCAGCGAGAGACAGGGCGAUGAAGACGGAGACAGAGAUCCCAGCGAAGCUCCCAGCAAACACCUGACAGUAGCACAUUAUAUCAUCCUUCUUGUGGAGUCGGUGCUUUUUGGAGUUUUUGUCUUGGUCAUCUUCUACGAUCAGCUAGUAUCCAUCAUUACGGAUGAAACACCGAUUGAACAGAUGAAAAACAGACUAAUGAAGGACAGAGCUUCCGGCUCCCAGCACACGCACACAAUGCACACACACACACGCAAACCCAAACUAGCGCUCCUCAGAGAGGUCUUUGGAAGAGGGUCAGUUCUGUGUUGGCUGUUUCCUCUCCAUGCCAGCCCCCCCUCAGCCGGGGGGAUGACCUACUCUGCUCUGCCGGACUACGAUGUGUGACGCUGUAAUGCUGUAACCUUUAUAGUGAAAGUGUUGGAGCAGACAUUGGCUGUGUUCAAAACUGCAUACUAUCUGUACUUGGCAUACUAACUGUGAUGUAAAAUGAGUACAUAGUAUGCUUCAUGUGCAUAGUGUGCUCAUUCUGAGUCUACAAGAAGUGUCGGGAUGCAGGCAUACUACAUUGCACAUGUGCAAAAAAAUGUGAUCAAGGUUGCUCAGUGGUAAAGAGCAUCACGGCUAGGUGUCAACACUGAGUAGCCAAUCGUAUGGUGUGAUUGCAAGGAAUAAUUUCUGAUGACACAACUCUGGCAGCAGCACCACCUAGCUUUCAACUGAUGUAUUGGAAAAAUGCAUUAGCAUGCACACAGCUUACUUCUGAAGCAAAUUCAAUGACAUGGCAAAUUUCCUAGAACAACCUCUGAUGACAACGGAAACAGAGGGAAGUACAGAAAAAAACUGUGUCCCGUAUUAAUUCAGUAAGGAAUGCUACAUUUUAUUCAGCGAUAAGGGACGAUUCCAUGGGGGUGGCAACACCAAAGACGCUGUAUGUGGGAGUAUGCUUGUGGGAAUCUUGGUGCAUUAAAAAACUAUAUAAAUGAUGACAGUAAUGACCAAAAGUGGAAUAUUUGUAUGGAAACUGAGAGCAGUAACACUAAAGAGAAAAUUAUCCAGCGAUUUAUAUCAGUAUUUUUAUUUAUUUUGGCCAUGGAUGAAAAAUACAUUAAUGAACAAUAUCUGUAUAUGUAGUGAAAUUUAGUCAAUCUAAUGAGAUGUGUUUACAACGUGGCUACUGAUGGCUGCAGGCCCGUGGUGUGGUUAAGGGUACUCAAUUCCAAAACAUCCUGUGUACCAGCUAUUCAUGCUGAUGUCCAUCUUAGUAUGUAAUGCAUAGUACAUACUAAUGUAGGAUUUAGUAUGUAAGUUUUCAGUUUUGAACACAGCCAUUGUGAGAUCAGUUUUAUUGCCCCUUCCUGCAGGGUACUACAACCCAAAGAGCCACUGCUAAUAUACGCUAAUACACACCUCACUAACACACACCAAUACACACCUCACUAACACACACCAAUACACACCUCACUAACACACACCAAUACACACCUCCCUAACGCACCAAUACACACCUCACUAACACACACCAAUACACACCUCACUAACACACACUGCUGUUAAAUAAUGGAACAACAUAUUGUCAUCAGUGUGACAUCUGUAUUGGAAUGUGUAUGUAUGUGUGCGCGUGCACAGUUCUUACUGUCUUAAGUGUAAAUAAUAAUGUAUUUUGUAAUGUAUUCUUAUGCAUUACUGUUACAUACAAGUGCUCAAGGAGCAGAGUGUGGCAGUAUCACCGUGCGCUUCAGUCUGAGGUGUACAGUGGGAGGUGUAGUGAUGAGGAUUAUGUACUUUACUAUUUAAUGUAUAUUAUGUACUUUACUAUUUAAUGUAUAUUAUGUACUUUACUAUUUAAUGUAUAUUAUGUACUUUACUAUUAUUAUUGCAUACAGUACAGUGUGAAAUAAAGUCUGUACAUCUGGAAUCACUUUUGUUUCUAAGGAAGGGGGUCCAUGUAAUGAAGUAUCAUACUGUAUGUGUGCGCACACACACACAGAUCCAGUGCCUUUCAUAUCUUGUCAGACUCAAGGUAAAAUGUUCUACAGUCUCCUUUGUGACUCAGGUAGUAAAGGUGUUCAGGUGUGCAGGCUCAGUGGCUCAGGUAGUAAAGGUGUUCAGGUGUGCAGGCUGAGUGGCCCAGGUAGUAAAGGUAUUCAGGUGAGCAGGCUGUGUGGCUCAGGUAGUAAAGGUGUUCAGGUGUGCAGGCUCCACCUGCUGGUUGGACAUUGCUACGUAAGGUUGGCUUUUUUCGUUACUCAGCUAUACUCAGAGAGAGACUGAACUGGCUCCUCUAGGUAAUUGUAGAGUUUCUUCCUUAUGUCUUCUUUGAGCCCUUUUUUUAACCUGAUUUAUUAAUUUCAUGUGUAAUUUUAAAUAUUAAUUUCGCAUAGUGAAAUGUGAUACAUCAUGCCAGUUAGCUACAUGUAACAUAACACAUUCCACAAUAAAUCAGUACAAAAUGAA